AUGUCUGCUCCUAAAGGUCCCUUCCACCUGGUUAGUGUCAACACCGCUCCCGAACGCGCCAGGCGCCUUAUCGGCCGCGUCGCCGAGGCUCUGAGCGAUCGGUACACUAUCAUCCACGUCGACAACUGCGAGAGAAUCGACGAGGUCGAGGCCAAGGUCAAGCAGCACAACCCGGAGGUUCUGUUCAGCGCCUCUAUGUGGACCGCUGAGGAGGCUGCGCAGAUUCACCAAAUUGCUCGCUCUGUUCGACCUGAUAUCAAGCUGCAUGCCAUUCCCGAGGGCUUGCAGGUCGAGCGUGGCCCUGAUGCCAUUGUUGAAUAUCUGCUUGAGAAGGUGCCGGUGCUGCUGGACAGCUAA